UAUCGAUGCAUUUCGACUGAAGUGAAAAGCACCGGGACACCACGGAGCUCGAGGGUCUGCAAGGACUGUUUGGAAUGUAACUGGCCGUACUGAGAGGAUUCUCCAAAGCAAAAUACUGUAGAAGAGUUACUGCCACUCGGGGGCACUGCAGUUCCAAUAAUGCGCCCCAAACGAAACGAGUAACAAAACACAUCCUUCCCGUUUAAAAGCUGCCCUGGUCAAAGAGCUGAGGUAGCGAGCGCUCGGAUUUACAGUUGGCAUCACCUCGGAGGCGGAGAUGAUCUGAUUUUAUGCGGUGGAAUUGUACAAACCCUUUUGGGUUUGGAUUUCUGCUCCUGACAGCCGAGAUGAUAAUCUUUUCACUUCCCAUUCCCACCUACAUCCCAGCAUGGUCUGCAUAAGUUCUGCUGUCCUUCAUUUUCCACAUUGAAGUUCUCAAUCAUGAACAGGAGCAGACCGAACCACCUGGAGGAAAACUUUUCACUUCCAAACCGUUCCCCCAUCUUUAACAGCAGCAGGCACGAGUUUCCACCUUUCAUGGAUGAGCCGUGUAAGAGCUCAACGGGUCUCACUUUUGCUCUGGUGGUCCUGUAUUGCAUGGUCACCAUUGUGGGGCUGGUUGGCAACAUCUGCCUGAUCUGUGUGAUUGUCAAGCAGAAAGAAAAGGCAAACGUCACCAAUAUCUUGAUUGCCAACCUCUCCUUCUCUGACAUCAUGGUCUGCGCCUUCUGUCUGCCUUUCACUGUGGUUUACACACUAAUGGAUUAUUGGAUCUUUGGGGAUGUUUUGUGCAAAAUGAUGCCCUUUAUCCAGUGCAUGUCAGUGACGGUCUCCAUCCUGUCCCUUGUCUUAAUUGCUCUUGAGAGACACCAAUUGAUCAUCAACCCUGCAGGCUGGAAGCCCACUGUGCCACAAGCGUAUUUUGCCGUGGUCCUCAUUUGGAUGCUUGCUUGUUUCAUCUCGCUGCCAUUCUUGGCAUUCCACAUUUUGACCGAUGAGCCCUAUAAGAAGUUGAGUCCCUUAAUGGCGUCCCUAGCAGACAAGGCAGUCUGCACAGAGAACUGGCCCUCUCACAAGCACAAGCUGAUCUACACCACGUCCCUUCUCAUUUUUCAGUAUUGCGCCCCUCUCAUUUUCAUUCUUGUCUGCUACCUGAGGGUCUACUUCCGCUUGCAGAAGAGGAAGGACAUGCUGGACCGGACGUGCGAGGAGAACCGAAGGAUGACCCAUAGCAAGAGGAUCAACGUCAUGCUGGUUUCACUGGUCACCGCCUUUGCUGUCUGCUGGCUGCCACUGAACACAUUUAAUGCAGUGGCCGACUGGAAUUAUGAGGCUGUGAUGUACUGUCACCAUGACCUUGUCUUUUCCUUGUGCCACCUGAUGGCCAUGGUGUCCACCUGUGUUAAUCCAAUCAUUUAUGGCUUUUUGAACAACAACUUUAAAAAGGAGGUGAAAUCCGUGGUGUUUCACUGCAAAUGCCACCCACUGGAGGAGGAUUAUGAGCAUUUUCCUCUUUCCACUAUGCACACGGAAAUAUCAAAGACAUCACUGCGACUGAGCUGCAGGAACAACUCUGUAUAGCCAAGCGUUCAUCUGUGCCAAAGUCUGAAUGUCCAUUUAGGGAAAUCAGGGAGUGGUGGCUCCUCAGGUUUCCCGACUGAAGUUACUGUAACUUGUUGUGAUGGAUGAUUGUAUGCCAACAUGCACUUUAAUGAAGGAUGUGAACUACGCAGCACAGAGCUCAUCUUAAGCUUUAUCAUAAUCAACUAGUCAUUCCAUUUUCUACAUCAUCUUUAUUCAAGACAUAGUACAACAGAAAAUAUGAAUCCAUAUCUACAUAAGGUUACAAAUGAAUGUUUUGUUGGUAUUGAUCGCAUAUACUUGAGUGAAUGUUGGGAAUGCUGCACUUCAAACGUGAAAUCGUUCUUGAUACUGUUAGGUGCACCACUUCAGUUUAGAAUACACACAAACUAAAAUGGAGCUACCCCAUUUAAUAUCUCAAAGUUCUGGUCAGACUAUAAGGUGCCAUAUAGUUGCUCACACUGAACAUGGCUGUCAAAUGAGAUUGCAAGCAAGAAAUGAGAGGCACAUAAAACAUUGAGAACACUGAAAGUGUGUGGAUGGGUUUUGCGCACUGAGGAAAUUUAUGAAAUGCUCACCAACUGGGUCUGGAUACAAAUUUUAAACAUCCUUAGAGAGGGUGGAUCACUCAUCCACUUUCUUCCUGUCUCCUUAUUUUUGUCCACCCUCAACCUGUCACUGACAGAGCCCAAUCCUGCUAUGAACCAUUCACCAAAGACACACUCAUAAUUGGAUGCAACUGUUUUAUUUCUUUAGGCCUGGUUGCAAUCGUGGCCAUUGAUGGAACAAUUUGGUGCAGUCAGCCCUAUUCCUAUCAGCUGCACCUACUGUGAACCUGUCACCAACGACCCUCUCACACUUACAGUAGCUGCUGCUUC